AUGGUGAAGACAGGCAAAUUGAUAACAGCUUCCAUUGCUGGAAAUGAAGACACCAUGAAGUCAGCAUCUGUUCCUUUGGACGUUACGGAAUAUUUUGAAAGCUACAUUCGCGCCAAAGUAAACCUACUUUCUCCUACUCUCUCUCUCUCUCUCUCUCUCUCUCUCUCGACACAAAUUGACAUUUGUAUAGCAAAUAUGGACGUAUUGAAUUUUUUAAAAGAGACUAAACUUGUUUUAACAAUUUGCAGCAUUCAGCAAAUAUCGAACUCGCUAUCUGAAAUUAUCACAUUUUCCACGACACUGAGUACGUACUUACCAUAUUUUAUCUUUCACUCUCCUCUCUUCACUAAACUGUUACGGUUUCAUUUUCUUUCUUUCUUUCUUUCUUUCUUUUUCUUUCUUUCUUUCUUUCUUUCUUUCUUCUUUCUUUCUCACAGACUUGCUCGCUCUUUAAGAACUUUACAUCUAUGUCUAUGCAUGCCUAAUAAUUUCAAAUGUCAUUGA